CCGGCGCCCGCGCCGCCCCGCCCCGCCCCGCCCCGCGCCGUCCCCCGCAGGCUCCGCAUCUCGCGCCCGCUUGCCAGGCGGCCGGCCCGGCGCCGGGCCAUGGCGCUGCUGCGGGAUGUGUCACUGCAGGAUCCGCGGGACCGCUUCGAGCUGCUGCAGCGCGUGGGGGCCGGGACCUAUGGCGACGUCUACAAGGCCCGCGACACGGUCACGUCUGAACUGGCCGCGGUGAAGAUAGUCAAGCUAGACCCAGGGGACGACAUCAGCUCCCUCCAGCAGGAAAUCACCAUCCUGCGGGAGUGCCGCCACCCCAACGUGGUGGCCUACAUUGGCAGCUACCUCAGGAAUGACCGCCUGUGGAUCUGCAUGGAGUUCUGCGGAGGGGGGUCCCUACAGGAGAUUUACCACGUCCUCACCCUUUCUGUUUCAGCCACUGGCCCCCUGGAGGAACGGCAGAUUGCCUAUGUCUGUCGAGAGGCACUGAAGGGGCUACACCACUUGCAUUCUCAGGGGAAGAUCCACAGAGACAUCAAGGGAGCCAACCUUCUCCUCACUCUUCAGGGAGAUGUCAAGCUGGCUGACUUUGGGGUGUCAGGCGAAUUGACAGCAUCUGUGGCCAAGAGGAGGUCUUUUAUUGGGACACCUUACUGGAUGGCUCCAGAGGUGGCUGCUGUGGAGCGCAAAGGUGGCUACAAUGAGCUGUGUGAUGUCUGGGCCCUGGGCAUCACUGCCAUUGAGUUGGGAGAACUGCAGCCCCCUCUAUUCCACCUGCACCCCAUGAGGGCCCUGAUGCUCAUGUCAAAGAGCAGCUUCCAGCCACCCAAACUGAGAGACAAGACUCACUGGACUCAGAAUUUCCACCAUUUCCUCAAGCUGGCCUUGACCAAAAAUCCCAAGAAGAGGCCAACAGCAGAGAAGCUUCUGCAGCACCCAUUCACAACCCAGCAGCUCCCUCGGGCCCUCCUAACACAGCUGCUGGACAAGGCCAAUGACCCCCACCUGGGAGCCCUCUCGCCUGAAGACUGUGAGCUGGAGACUUAUGACAUGUUUCCAGACACCAUUCACUCCCGGGGUCAUCAUGGCCCAGCUGAGAGGACCCCCUCAGAGAUCCAGUUUCACCAGGUGAAAUUUGGUGCCCCACGCCGGAAGGAAACAGACCCACUAAAUGAACCAUGGGAGGAAGAGUGGAUGCUGCUGGGGAAGGAGGAGCUGAGUGGGAGCCUGCUGCAGUCAGUCCAGGAGGCCCUAGAGGAAAGAAGCCUAACCAUCCGGCCAGCCUCAGAACUCCAGGAGCUAGACUCCCCAGAUGAUGCCAUGGGAACCAUUAAGCGAGCCCCAUUCUUGGGGCAGCCCCCCUCUGAGCCUCCAGCUGAGGACCCUCUAUCCAGUCCCUCAGGAACCCUGCCCCUACCUCCACCAAGCCCUGACAGCCCCCCACUGUUGCCCACUGCCUGGGCCACCAUGAAGCAGCAGGAGGAUCCUGAGGUGAGGGUUGCCUUGAAGGGGUGGGGGAUGGUGGCAGGGGCCUCACCCAGCCCUGAUCCCUUCCUUCUCUUCCAGAGGUCGUCCUGCCAUGGGCUGCCCCCCACCCCCAAGGUGCAUAUGGGUGCCUGCUUCUCCAAGGUCUUCAAUGGCUGUCCCUUACGGAUCCAUGCUGCUGUCACCUGGGUUCAUCCUGUUACUCGGGACCAGUUCCUGGUGGUGGGGGCUGAGGAAGGCAUUUAUACCCUGAACCUGCAUGAACUGCAUGAGGAUACAAUGGAGAAGCUGAUUUCACACCGCUGCUCCUGGCUCUACUGCGUGAACAAUGUGCUGCUGUCACUCUCAGGGAAAUCCACGCACAUCUGGGCACACGACCUCCCAGGCCUGUUUGAGCAGCGGAGACUACAGCAACAGGUUCCCCUCUCCAUCCCCACCAACCGCCUCACCCAGCACAUCAUCCCCAGGCGCUUUGCUCUGUCUACCAAGAUCCCUGACACCAAAGGCUGCUUGCAGUGUCGUGUGGUGCGGAACCCCUACACAGGCAGCACCUUCCUGCUGGCUGCCCUGCCUGCCAGCCUGCUCCUGCUGCAGUGGUACGAGCCUCUGCAGAAGUUCCUGCUGCUGAAGAACUUCUCUAGCCCCUUGCCCAGCCCAGCUGGGAUGAUGGAGCCACUGGUGCUAGAUGGGAAGGAGCUGCCACAGGUGUGCGUAGGGGCCGAGGGGCCUGAGGGGCCCGGCUGUCGAGUCCUGUUCCAUGUCCUGCCCCUGGAGGCUGGCCUGAUGCCUGACAUCCUCAUCCCACCUGAGGGGAUCUCAGGCUCGGCCCAGCAGGUGAUCCAGGUAGACAGGGACACAGUCCUGGUCAGCUUUGAACGCUGUGUGAGGAUUGUCAACAUGCAGGGUGAGCCCACACCCCUGCUGGCACCUGAGCUGACCUUUGACUUCCCCAUCGAGACUGUGGUGUGUCUUCAGGACAGUGUGCUGGCCUUCUGGAGCCAUGGGAUGCAAGGCCGCAGCCUAGAUACCAACGAGGUGACCCAAGAGAUCACAGAUGAGACAAGGAUCUUCCGUGUCCUUGGGGCCCACAGAGACAUCAUCCUGGAGAGCAUUCCCACUGACAACCCUGGUGUGCACAGCAACCUCUAUAUCCUCACAGGCCAUCAAAGCAGUUACUAAGUGUCAGGCCUGGCCAGUGCACCCUGCCCCACCCCCAUGCCUUAGCUGUAGGCCCUGUGGGCAAAAGGGCCCCUCCCAGAUAGAGGAGCCCUGGCCCUGCUGGAGCUGUUGGGCAGAAAGAAUCCUGAGAAGUAUUUAGGGGCUGGGGAGGGAGGGGAGCCCCCCUCUCCCCCCCUCCUCUGCAAUAACUGGAUCAGAGGAAGCUGGGGUCACCUCCGCCUCCUGCAGGGCACCCAGUCCCUAGUGCCCCCAUGCAGGGGGCCCUGGGCCAUCCAUUCCAUUUUGUUCCAUAUUUCCUUUCCACUCAUUCUGCCAAGAGCCCAUUCCAGCACUCUGUCCAGGGGAACAAGGUAUUUAAAGACAGAACUAUAUUGGUAUUAAACUAUAUUGGUUUGGUUUACUCCUCUGGUCCCUCUGGGUGGGGGGAGCUGAGCCCACUGCCUCAACUCUCUCCUUCCCUCUCUCUCUCCCUCUAGCACACUUUUCAGGCACUACUAGGUGCUGUGAUGCACCAUAGAAGGGUGAGGCUACUGCUAUUUUGGGGAACCCAGGUAGGGGUAACUGGAUGCCAGUGGUCCCCAAAUGCCAUCUCAAGGGCACUGUAUUUUUCUGGGCUAUCUUGCUUAGAACUAAACCUCACUUUUGCAGUUUGAAGGCUCCCUUAUAGUUUGGCACCCCAAGGACUCAUGCAGAUGAGGGGGGGGGGUAACUGAACAAAGGGACUUGCAUCUGGACACCUCUGCCCCAUAUAUAUUCUCACCUGGUAGACUGUGGAAGGGCCCAGGAGGGGCCAGCCAAGAGUGUCCAUCCAGCCCCAGGAAGGCUUCUGCUUAUGGAGGCAAACUGCCAUGUAUGACCUGUAACUCUUUCCAGGGCUGGGGCUGCCUCCCUGCCUCCCUCUUCUCGCUUAGGUGUCAGGCUAGGAACAUCAGAUCACACACACCAGAACACAAACCUGGUCAUCAGGUCCAAUCAGACACUAACAUGUAUCCAUAGAUACAUGCUGUGGAUGUAUGGAAGACAUGGGCAGAAAGGGCAGAGAUGUAUGGAAGAUUAGCAUGUAUCCACACAGCAGAUACUCCUGGAGGGUCCUCUCGGUGCCAGGCUCUGGGGUCACUACCAGGAUAGGGACCACCACCCAGGGAGGGGGCAUACUCCUUGCUGGAGCCCACAUAUUGAGGGCAUGUCACUGACCUUAUGCUUUAUGUUGUCACUGUCCCGUUUGUCUCUCACAGGGUUGGUACCUCAGGGCCAGGGAUCCCCAUUGUCCCAGGCACUGACCGCCGCUGCUCUUGAGCAGGGGUAGAUGAAGCCGAGGCAGGAAGAGACUGCCUUGGAGGGCUGGGGGGCACAGCUGCAAAGGGUGGGCAGACCCCACUGUCAUUGUUCUGACAUUUAAGGCAAGUGUUUGAACAAGAACUUCCCUGCACCUAGUGGCUGGCAGUAAAUACUUGUUAAAUGAAUGAAUGAGGGAGAGGAUGGAUCCCCUGCACCCCCUGCGUGAAUACACUCAGUGGCUCUCAUAUAUGUCAUAUUGUCCCUUUGUCCACCUCAAACAGGGCUCUGCCUUGCUCUGACUCUUUCUGGUGACUGGGACGGUUUCUUGGAUGAAACAGGGAGCCAGACAAGGGGUGGGGACGCAUCUCUUGGUAUCAGCUGUUCACACCCAUGUUCCCCAUGAGACCCAAAGGAAGGUGAGAAGCACCUUCCAAUUCGGGUUUGCACCUGCCUGGAGGGCAUCUCAUGGACCACAUGUGGGAUAGGGAUACAAAGUGAAUUCCUAGCUUCAAAUUUUCCAGCUCUCUUGGAGGAAUACAGGGUAGUGGUAGGGAAGGGUGAGCUCCAUUCAGCAGAAGCCCCUGACCCCUGACCCCAAGGUCCUGGGGAGGGCUAGCUUUCUACCCAUGCAGCUGCUGGUAGCAGACAGCGCCUCCUUGUGGCAGGUCUCCCAGCCCUCAGGUUCUGUCUGCAAGGGGGUUGGUGGGUCAGAAUGCAAUGUGCCAAAGUGUGUGUGUGUGUGUGGAGGGGGUGGGGGGCUGUGAAAAGUUAGGGCCUCUGAUGAAAUGUUUGUUGUCAGCAGCAGCAGGCUGCAAGCCAAACAGAGGCCAAGAGCCAGGGAAUGUGAACUGAGAAACUGAAACUUUAAAUUUGAUUUAUGUUAUUUUUUAAUUGGUAACCCUUGCCCUACCAUACAUGUUUUUUAAAAUAUAAAAGAGAUAUGUUAUAAGCUUUGGUCAUGGUUAUGAAAGAAAAAUAAAUAAAAUACAAAAAAGAUAUGAAAAGUCUCCCUCUUACCCGUCCCCAGCCACCAGUGUCAAAGUUCACUGUUAUCAUGACCUUCUAGAAGUAUUUAUGUAUAUUUAAGCAAGUUGAUAUAUUUUAUUCUUCUCCAAUUUUUUUUUCUUUUGCAGUUUUUGGCUGGGGCCGAACCCGUAACCUCCAGUAUAUGGGGCCAGCACUCUACUCCUUGAGCCACAGGCACCGCCCUAUUCUUCUCCAAUUUUUAUAUACAAUAUGUGUAACAUGUUCUGCAUACUGUACUGACCUUGCUCUUUUAAAAUAUAUCCUAGUCCAGUUUGAGCAAGAGCAAGAGCAAGAUCCACCUCUUUAAUAAGUAGCCAGGUAUUGGGCGGUGCCUGUGGCGCAGUGAGUAUUGUGCUGGCCCCAUAUACCGAGGGUGGUGGGUUCAAACCCAGCCCCAGCCGAACUGCAACACAACAAUAGCUGGGUAUUGUGGUGAAUGCCUGUAGUCCCAGCUACUUGGGAGGCUGAGGCAAGAAAAUCACCUAAGCCCAGGAAUUGGAGGUUACUGUGAACUAUGUGAUACCACGGCACAUACAGCCACGAGGGUGGUAAAGUAAGACUUCUCUACAAAAAAAAAAAAAAAAGUAACCAGGUAUUGUGGUGGGCACCUGUAGUUCCAUCUACUGGGGAGGAUGAGGCAAGAGGAUCUCUUAAGCUCAAGAGUUUGAGGUUACUGUGAGCUAUGAGGCCACAGCACUCUACCAAGGGCAGCAAAGUGAGAUUAUGUCUCAAAAAAAAAAUAUAUAUAUAUAUAAAUAAAAAUCCUAGAGAAUAUGAAUGUAUUAAAUUAUGUGGACCCCCCCCAAAAUAUAUAGAUUAUUCCAUUAUUAUAUUCCCCUUUGUUGUAUUUACAGUUUACAGCUAGUGGUGUUCCCCUGCAUGGGUUUUCCAUAACUAAUGUUAAUGAACUAUCAUUAGAUACCUAUAGAUAGAAAUUUGUUUCUACUACUUUGAUAAUACAAACAGCGCUGCAAUAAAUAUUCUACGUCAAUGCCUCUCUGUACAUAUGCACGUGUUCCAUAGGAUAAAUUCCUGGAAGUAGCCAGGAAGUACCCACUCAGAGGCUGUGUUUAUGAUGGUGAUAGCUACUGUCAAAUUGCCCUCCAUGUGGAGAAAGCUGUGGGAUGGGUCAGAUCAGACACUUUAAGUCAUGUGUGUGGAAAAGCAGGACAGACAUGGGUGCUCCAAGAUGUUCAGAUAACUGGCCUGUGCAUGGAGUCAUCCUGGCUGUGAUGGAGAGCCAAGUCGUGUGCUUCAAGAUGGCAGGGGAUGUGCCUUGUCACCACAGCAUGUCCCAGUACUUGCUUACUGCCUGGCACAUGGGAGGUCCUCAUGCACGAAGGAACCAACGUAACAUAGUGGUGAAGAAGUCACCCUGGAGUCUGGCCCCUGGACUAGGUGAGCCAUCCCAAUGCCUUGGCUCCACUUCUCCCUGAUAUCCUAAGCUAACAGCAGGGUUGUUGGGAGGACUGGAAAUACUGUAAUAUAUAUAAUGCAAUAACACUGAUGAAUCUUAGAGGUAAAUUAAAGCAGUAAACUAUAUAAAACUGCAUACAGUAUGAUAGCAUUUUAUAAAGCUCAAAAAUGAGCAAAACUAACCCAUCUACUAUUUGGCAACACAUGCAUAUGAUAAAACUGUCAUUAAAGAUCAAAGGAAAGAAAAGCACAAAAUUCAAGAUGGUGGUCCCUGAGGGCAGUGCAGGUGGGAUAAGGAAGGACCCCAGGAAUUCGCAAAGGUGUUGCAAAUAUCUUGGCUUUCAGCUUCAGCAAUGGGUACCCGGUGUUCAAUUUAUAACUCACAUAAGGUUCCACACAUCCUUCUGUAUGUAUCAAACAGUUGUAAUAAAAUGUAAUUUUAAAUAUUUAAAGGCAGUCACUCAAAAAUAGAACUGGCUUGACAAAAUUGAAAAUGAAGAUGAUCCUUUUCUAAAGGAUGAAACCAAAUGGAAAGGAAUCACAACAAUGUUCCGCAUAGAAUUCUGGGCUGAGCCCUCUCCCUACAGUUGCUGUCCUCUGAUUAUUUUUGAGACAGAGUCUCACUUUGUUGCCCUCAGUAGGGUGCCAUGUCGUCAUAGUCACAGCAACUUCAGACUCUUGGGCUCAAGCGAGCAUCUUGCCUCAGUUUUUCAUUUUUAGUAGAGAUGGGGGUCUCACUCUUGCUCAGGCUGGUCUUGAAUUGGUGAGCUCAAGCAAUCCACCUGCCUCGGCCUCCCCUAGUGCUAGGAUUACAGGCAUGAGCCACCACGCCAAGCUCUGUCUUCUAAUUUUUAAAAACAGCUUUACUGAGGGAUAAUUGGCAUACAAUAAUCUGCAUAUGCUAUUACAAAUGUACUAUUUGAUAACUUCUGAUACAUGUAUAUGCCUGUGAAACUAUUGCCACAGUCAAGAUAAUGAACAUCCAUUCCCCAGUUUCUCAGUGUUCCUUGGUACCUUCCCACCUGCUCCCCACAAGUAACCAAUGAUGGAUCUGCUUUCUGUCACUAUAGAUUAAUUUGCAUUUUCUAGACUUUAUACAACUAGAAUCAUACAGUAUGUUGUGUUUUCUCUGGCUUCUUUCACUAAGCAUAAUUAUUUUGAUUCACCCAUGUGGCCACAUGUAUUAAUAGUCAUUUCUUCUUUUUGCCAAGUAGUAGUUUCCACUGAAUGGAUGUGCCACAGUUUAUUCACCUGUUGAUGGACAAUGUGGACUAUGUCUAGUUUUCGACUAUUGCAAAUAAAGCCAUUAUGAACAUUUAUCUACAUGUCUUUGUUAGAUAUAACCUUUCAUUUCUCUUGGGCAUAAAUACUUUGGAGGGGAAAGAAUGAGUCACACAUAUGUGGAGUUUAACUUCUUAUGAAAUUGCCAGCUAAGUGUGGUGGCACAUGCACAGUUGAAGCUACUCUGGAGAAUAUAG